AUGCAGCUUAGUUCCCCUGUAGCCACAGCCCAGCGACCGCCGCGCCGCCCUGAAGACUCCCACCGGCCACUCUCCUUGCCCGAGCAGCGCUAUCCCUUCGCUGCCACCGACCAAUCUCCAGCGGCCCCCGCAGCUGCCGCCCAGCCAGCCGCUCCGUCACCACCGCCGCCCGCACAGGCCGCCCACCCCGCCGCCACUCGUGUAGGCUGCCCGCUCUGCCACGGCCCGCGCAGGCUGCCUCGCCGCAGACUCCCGCCGGCUAACCCUCCCUCCGACAAACAAUCGCCGGCCCUCCGGCAGGCCCUCCUCCGCCACGCAGACAGUCGGCCCCGUCAGCAAGAAACUCGGUGA